CCGCCUCCGCCGCAAACUUUUUCCACCCCAUCCUGUCGCGGCUCGAAAGGAAUGGAAAAUGGCGGCCUAGGCGCGGAGUUUCCUGGCGGAGCGGCGGCGGCGGUCUGGGCGCCGGGACGCGGGCGGCACCAUGACGCGCUGGGUGCCCACCAAGCGGGAGGAGAAAUACGGCGUGGCUUUUUAUAACUAUGAUGCCAGGGGAGCGGACGAACUUUCUUUACAAAUAGGAGACACGGUGCACAUCCUGGAAACAUAUGAAGGGUGGUACAGAGGUUACACCUUAAGAAAAAAGUCUAAGAAGGGUAUAUUUCCUGCUUCGUAUAUUCAUCUGAAAGAAGCCAUCGUCGAAGGAAAGGGGCAACAUGAGACAGUCAUUCCCGGCGACCUCCCGCUCAUCCAGGAAGUCACCACGACGCUGCGAGAGUGGUCCACCAUCUGGAGGCAGCUCUACGUGCAAGAUAACAGGGAGAUGUUUCGAAGCGUCCGACACAUGAUCUACGACCUUAUUGAGUGGCGAUCGCAAAUUCUUUCUGGAACUCUGCCUCAGGAUGAGCUCAAAGAACUGAAGAAGAAAGUCACUGCCAAAAUUGAUUACGGAAACAGAAUCCUUGAUUUGGACUUGGUGGUGAGAGAUGAAGAUGGCAACAUUUUAGAUCCAGAACUCACUAGCACGAUUAGUCUUUUCAGAGCUCAUGAAAUAGCUUCGAAACAAGUGGAGGAACGAUUACAAGAGGAAAAAUCUCAAAAGCAGAACAUAGACAUUAACAGACAAGCGAAAUUUGCCGCCACCCCUUCUCUGGCCUUGUUUGUCAACCUCAAAAAUGUGGUUUGUAAAAUAGGAGAAGAUGCCGAAGUGCUCAUGUCGCUCUAUGACCCCGUGGACUCCAAAUUCCUCAGUGAAAACUACCUGGUUCGCUGGUCAAGUUCAGGACUGCCUAAGGAUAUAGACAGAUUACAUAAUUUGCGAGCUGUUUUCACUGACCUCGGAAGCAAAGACCUGAAACGGGAGAAAAUCAGUUUUGUGUGUCAGAUCGUCCGCGUGGGUCGCAUGGAGCUGAGGGACAACCACACGAGGAAGCUGACGUCAGGCUUGCGGCGGCCUUUCGGGGUGGCCGUGAUGGACGUGACUGAUAUCAUAAAUGGAAAAGUCGAUGACGAAGACAAACAGCAUUUCAUCCCGUUUCAGCCGCUCGCGUUGGACGACGCCCUUCGACACAAGCCUCUGAACAUGUCACCCCGUUUCUCACCCAGGGUGGCAGGGGAGAACGAUUUCCUUCAGACUGUUAUAAACAAAGUCAUCGCUGCCAAAGAAGUCAACCACAAGGGCCAGGGUCUGUGGGUGACCCUGAAAUUACUUCCGGGAGACAUCCAUCAGAUUAGAAAAGACUUUCCUCACCUCGUGGACAGGACCACCGCCGUGGCUCGCAAGACGGGGUUUCCGGAGGUCAUCAUGCCUGGUGAUGUUCGCAAUGAUAUCUACGUGACGUUGGUUCAGGGAGAUUUUGAUAAAGGCAGCAAAACCACUGCGAAGAACGUUGAGGUGACCGUGUCUGUGUACGACGAAGACGGGAAACGACUGGAGCAUGUGAUUUUCCCCGGUGCUGGCGAUGAAGCGAUUUCCGAGUACAAGUCCGUGAUUUACUACCAAGUGAGACAGCCGCGCUGGUUUGAGACCGUCAAGGUGGCCAUUCCCAUCGAGGACGUGAACCGCAGUCACCUCCGGUUUACCUUCCGACAUCGAUCUUCGCAGGACUCUAAGGACAAGUCUGAGAAAAUAUUUGCCCUCGCUUUUGUGAAGCUGAUGAGAUACGACGGGACCACCCUGCGUGACGGGGAGCACGAUCUGCUCGUCUAUAAGGCUGAAGCCAAGAAGCUGGAAGAUGCCGGGACGUACCUGAGUCUGCCCUCCACGAAAGCCGAGCUGGAGGAGAAGGGCCACUCGGCCACAGGCAAGAGCAUGCAGAGUCUGGGCAGCUGCACCAUCAGCAAGGAUUCCUUCCAGAUCUCAACGCUCGUGUGCUCCACCAAACUGACGCAGAAUGUGGACCUGCUGGGGCUGCUCAAGUGGCGAUCCAACACGAACCUGCUGCAGCAGAACUUGAGGCAGUUGAUGAAAGUCGACGGGGGCGAAGUGGUGAAGUUCCUCCAGGACACCUUGGAUGCGCUCUUCAACAUCAUGAUGGAGAACUCGGAGAGCGAGACCUUCGAUACCCUGGUGUUUGAUGCUCUGGUAUUUAUCAUUGGACUCAUCGCUGAUAGAAAAUUUCAGCAUUUUAAUCCGGUUUUGGAAACCUACAUUAAGAAGCACUUCAGCGCGACCCUAGCCUACACGAAGCUGACCAAAGUGCUAAGGAGCUAUGUGGACAAUGCGGAGAAGCCGGGCAUCAGUGACCAGCUGUACAAAGCCAUGAAGGCCCUGGAGUACAUCUUCAAGUUCAUUGUGCGCUCCCGGAUCCUGUUCAAUCAGCUCUAUGAAAACAAAGGAGAGGCCGAUUUCGUGGAGUCCCUGGUGCAGCUGUUCCGAUCCAUCAGCGACAUGAUGAGCAGCGUGUCCGACCAGACGGUCCGGGUGAAGGGGGCAGCACUGAAAUACUUGCCAACUAUCGUCAACGAUGUGAAAUUGGUGUUUGAUCCCAAAGAGCUCAGCAAAAUGUUUACUGACUUCAUCCUAAAUGUUCCCAUGGGUUUGCUGACCAUUCAGAAGCUAUACUGCUUGAUUGAAAUAAUUCACAGUGACCUCUUCACACAGCAUGACUGCAGAGAGAUCCUGCUCCCCAUGAUGACAGAUCAGCUCAAGUAUCAUCUGGAGAGACAGGAGGAUCUGGAGGCCUGCUGCCAGCUGCUCAGCAACAUCCUGGAGGUUCUGUACAGGAAGGACGUGGGACCCACCCAGAGGCACGUCCAGAUCAUCAUGGAGAAGCUGCUCAGGACCGUGAACCGCACCGUCAUCUCCAUGGGGCGGGACUCCGAACUCAUCGGAAACUUCGUGGCCUGUAUGACAGCUAUUUUACGGCAGAUGGAAGAUUAUCAUUAUGCCCAUUUAAUCAAGACGUUUGGGAAAAUGCGGACCGACGUGGUGGAUUUCCUGAUGGAAACCUUCAUCAUGUUUAAGAACCUCAUUGGGAAGAACGUCUACCCGUUCGACUGGGUGAUAAUGAACAUGAUGCAGAAUAAAGUCUUCCUGCGAGCGAUUAAUCAGUAUGCAGAUAUGCUGAACAAAAAAUUUCUGGAUCAAGCCAACUUUGAGCUACAGCUCUGGAACAACUACUUUCACCUGGCUGUCGCUUUCCUUACGCAAGAGUCCUUGCAACUGGAGAACUUUUCAAGUGCCAAGAGAGCCAAAAUCCUCAACAAGUAUGGAGAUAUGAGGAGACAGAUUGGCUUCGAAAUCAGGGACAUGUGGUACAACCUUGGUCAACACAAGAUAAAGUUCAUCCCGGAAAUGGUCGGCCCAAUGUUAGAAAUGACGCUUAUUCCUGAGACGGAGCUGCGCAAAGCCACCAUCCCCAUCUUCUUUGACAUGAUGCAGUGCGAAUUCCAUUCCACCCGAAGCUUCCAGAUGUUUGAGAAUGAGAUCAUCACCAAGCUGGAUCAUGAAGUGGAAGGAGGCAGAGGCGAUGAGCAGUACAAAGUGUUAUUUGAUAAAAUCCUCCUGGAGCACUGCCGGAAGCACAAAUACCUCGCCAAAACGGGAGAAACUUUUGUAAAGCUCGUCGUGCGCCUGAUGGAGCGACUCUUGGAUUACAGGACCAUCAUGCAUGAUGAGAACAAAGAGAACCGCAUGAGCUGCACGGUCAACGUGCUGAACUUCUACAAAGAAAUUGAAAGAGAAGAAAUGUACAUAAGGUAUUUGUACAAGCUAUGUGACCUGCACAAAGAGUGUGAUAACUACACAGAAGCGGCUUAUACCUUGCUCCUCCACGCAAAGCUUCUAAAGUGGUCAGAGGACCUGUGUGCGGCCCACCUCACCCAGCGGGACGGGUACCAGGCGACGACGCAGGGGCAGCUGAAAGAGCGGCUCUACCAAGAAAUCAUCCACUACUUUGACAAAGGCAAGAUGUGGGAAGAGGCCAUCGCGCUGGGCAAGGAGCUUGCCGAGCAGUAUGAAAACGAAAUGUUUGAUUAUGAACAACUCAGCGAACUGCUGAAGAAACAGGCUCAGUUUUAUGAAAACAUCGUCAAGGUGAUAAGACCCAAGCCUGACUACUUUGCCGUUGGUUACUACGGACAAGGAUUCCCCACGUUCCUGCGGGGGAAAGUUUUCAUUUACCGAGGGAAGGAGUACGAACGCAGGGAAGAUUUUGAAGCUCGGCUGCUGACGCAGUUUCCAAACGCGGAGAAAAUGAAGACGACCUCGCCUCCAGGCGACGAGAUUAAAAACUCUCCCGGCCAGUAUAUCCAGUGCUUCACCGUGAAGCCCAAACUGGAUUUGCCCCCGAAGUUUCACAGGCCUGUGUCAGAGCAGAUUGUAAGUUUUUACAGAGUCAAUGAGGUCCAACGAUUUGAAUACUCUCGUCCGAUCCGCAAGGGAGAGAAAAACCCAGACAACGAAUUUGCGAACAUGUGGAUUGAGAGGACCAUAUACACGACUGCGUAUAAACUCCCUGGCAUCUUAAGGUGGUUUGAGGUCAAAUCUGUUUUCAUGGUGGAGAUCAGCCCCCUGGAGAACGCCAUCGAGACCAUGCAGCUGACAAACGACAAGAUGAACAGCAUGCUGCAGCAGCACCUGGACGACCCCAGCCUCCCCAUCAACCCCCUCUCCAUGCUCCUGAAUGGCAUCGUGGACCCUGCCGUCAUGGGAGGCUUCGCAAAUUAUGAAAAGGCCUUCUUCACCGAGCGGUACCUGCAGGAGCAUCCUGAGGCCCAUGAAAAGAUCGAGAAGCUCAAGGACCUGAUUGCAUGGCAGAUUCCAUUUUUGGCCGAAGGGAUCAGGAUUCAUGGAGAAAAAGUCACAGAAGCACUGAGGCCGUUUCACGAGCGACUGGAAGCCUGUUUCAAGCAGUUAAAGGAAAAGGUGGAGAAGCAAUACGGCGUCCGGACCCUGCCCUCAAGUCUGGACGACAGAAGAGGCAGCCGUCCGCGGUCCAUGGUCCGAUCCUUCACGAUGCCUUCUUCAUCCCGGCCUCUGUCGGUGGCCUCGGUCUCGUCCCUGUCAUCAGACAGCACCCCUUCCAGGCCCGGCUCUGAUGGGUUUGCUCUGGAGCCCCUCCUGCCGAAGAAAAUGCACUCCCGCUCCCAGGACAAGCUGGACAAGGACGACCCGGAUAAAGAGAAGAAGGACAAGAAGAAGGAAAAGAGGAACAGCAAACAUCAAGAGAUAUUUGAUAAAGAAUUUAAACCCACCGACGUCGCCCUCCCGCAGUCUGAGGCUGUGAUCCUUUCAGAAACGAUCAGUCCCCUGCGGCCCCAGAGGCCCAAGAGCCAGGUGAUCAACGCCAUCGGAACUGAGAGGCGCUUCUCCGUGUCCCCGUCGUCCCCCUCCACCCAGCACACCCCGCCCCCCGUCACACCGAGGGCCAAGCUCAGCUUCGGUUUGCAGUCCAGCUUGGAGCUGAAUGGCAUGACCGGACUGGACGACGUCCCACCUCCCCUGCCUCUCAAAGGCACCAGCACAGACUACGGGACCUUGACAGAGAACCUGGACGUGAUGGGCUCGCCGACGCCCCCGCCCCCGCCUCCUCACCAGAGGCAUCUGCCCCCUCCGCUGCCCAGCAAGACCCCACCGCCUCCGCCUCCGAAGACGACGCGCAAGCAGACAUCGGUGGACUCGGGGAUCGUGCAGUGACACCGCCUCGCCGACACCCCGAAAGCCAGACGGCAUCCUUCCUCUCCCUCCGCGUCUUCUCCCACGUCCGGCGUUUACCCCGUGGGCCCGUGACGUCUGAUCGUAGUGCAGUUGCUUUUCCUUAAUGGGAAUCAGUCCCCGGCCGUGGAGGGAGGGGCAUCUAGCAUCGGGGAGUGAGGUGGCCAAGGGCCUGGGAUGAGCUGUUGUGUUUAUCAAAGUCGGAGGUUUCUGAGUGCGUCAGGCUUAAGAGAGCCUACGUCUUGCCCCAAAGUCCUUUCUUUUUGUGCCAAAUGACAGUAGCAAAGAGCCGGGUUGAUCCGAGUUGAGCGCGACAAGGAGAGAUGAAACCUUGUCUGGAGGACUGUGUAGUAACUGAGUUUACAAACCCACAUGACUCGAGGCUGAACCCCAGCCACCUGCAGGAUGUUUCAGCUUCCUUGUUGCACCUGCCGGUGUGAUGUUUUGCUGGUUGAGCGUCUCUUCAAAACCUCCAUCAGGAGAGGAAGGUCAGGCCUUUCAGGGAAGUUCCUGAUUUCCUUUGGUGUCAUUUAAAAUAGGAUAUUUCUCAGCUACUCAACAGUUACCAAUUUAUGGGGUAGAAACAGCAUUAAAAAUAUGGGAUCGAGUGGAAAAACACAUGUGAGUAUAGGAAGGUCAAUUUUCUCUCUCUGUUAAAAAAAGCAACUGGAUGCCACAGGAGAUGCUUUUAAUUGGGUAAAUGCCUCUUGUUCUCAUUCUGUACAGAAGUGUGUAUAUGUGAUGAUCUUUAGAACUUGUUUUAAUUUUUGUGGUCCUCCUGUUUAUUGAAAUAGGUGCCCGCAAAUGAUUCUCAAUAUGUGUUCUUACUUUUUAACUGGGGAAAAGUGUUAAAAACAAACAAACAAAAAAAAGCAACGCAAAUUAAGUUUCGUUGGUUUUUUUCAAAGCUCAAGUCCUAAAAAUGGUUGUGGACAAUGAUUUUUUAAAAAACUAACUUUGUAUAACCUAAUAUUUUAAUUCUAUCAUCUAUAUUUUUUUAUUCACUGUAAUCAUGAUACUCUUCUAAUAGGCUCAAAAGUUAAUCAUGGACAACAGAAAAUAAAAUGUCUGUCAUUUAAAAAGAC